CGAGGCAAUUCAUGCACCCAUUCUCCGUCCUCACGCUUGGCAUCUUUGUAGCUGGGUACAUUACCGCUCGCUGGGAUCUCGUCACCCGCCUGUAUGAACUGGCCAUCUUUGCUUGGGAUCACGGUGUUAUUGCCUUCUUGAUCCUCAGCAUCUUCUUCGUCGUCCUGAUCGUCCCUAUCGAGCGUAUAGCUGCCCGAGAGAGUGAUAUAACCUUCAUGAUCGCCCCCAAUGGCUUGAUGCGCAUCUUCUGGCCCACCGACAUUGCUCGUUCCGCCAAACCAGGCGUCAUUGUAGGAUGGAGGAACUCGGACCUUGACAUGGUCGUUGUGACCAUCUUGUUAGNNAAGUUGAUGUCAGUCUCGCUGACGCUGUGGCCGCAUACGCUUGGCUCUGAGCUAAUAGACGUACAGGCACGCAAUGUUGAAAAUGCUCUCCGAAUGGGCAAUCUGUUCCGCGGCAGUCCUCACCCCAUUGAUCGCAUCAUCGACAGAUGUGGCCGCGUGCCUUUGCAAGUCUUGGGAACGCUGAACCCGGAGCGUGCACCUUCGCUUACCUUCAACCCUUCGUCUAUCCAGGUCUACUACACGCCCCGUUGUACCAUCCCUCAAGUGCAUUGCCCUGGCGAACCUACCAUCUCGCUGCAAAUUGUGACAUUCGAUCGACCCAAUCCCUACAGCAUGCAGUACUUGUCCCUCACGCCUAUCUCCUUAACACUGUCGGACGCCCAAGAAAGAGCAGGCAAACCACAAGUGGGAGGCUUUGGAGCAGAAGAAGCGGCCGACAAAGCGCGAAAGCAGCAGCUGGUCGACAAGUUGCGCAUGCACACUGUGGUCCAUCAUGCGCGUACUUCCAAGGAAAUUGCUCUGCCCGUGAUAUUGAACCAAAUCAAUUGCUCAUACGAGAUUGAUGAGCUGAUGCGAAAGAACAUCCGCUUUGUUGGUCAGCGCACAAAACGUAGCAUGAGCGUGAGCGAGCGCAUGGCUGAGUCGGCCGCCGACCUUUGGGACUACACUCGCUACGGGAUACAUCACGCCUUUUUCGCCUAUGUCUAUCCGGUCAUCACUCAACUGCUGGUCAUGGCUUUAGUUGGUCAUCGUAUUGCGGGCGAAGCGUGGUUGAAAAUUUUAGAAUGGCGACCUCUACCAGAUGCUGCCGCUCUUAAAGACAUCUCGGCCACUGCACAGCAAAUUGACAUUCGCCUGCAGCAAUUUUGUUACUGGCCGAUUCAAUAUCUCACGUUGCGUAAGCGACGUACUGACUGGGGAAGUGUUACGAACAGCCAUCCCGAAUACAUUCGCUUCUACAACAGUCUUUGGCUCGUUGCAAACGACAUAAUCAUCGGGAUUGCCAUUGGUUCUUACAUUAUCGAAAACUCAGACUAUGUAGCUGGUCAAGUCGAGUCUGUUGUUGAUUCUUGGUUCAUCGAUGGUCUACAACGCAUGAUAAAGUGGUUGAUGGACUAUCCUGCUGGCCUCAAACUCAAUGGCGAUUUGGCACAGUUUCUUGGUGAUCUAUUUCUGUGGAUCAUUGACUACUGGGCUGAAUGCAUGACAAGCAUACGACCUCUACUCCCUCAUGUCAUCCAGGUCAUAGGCUUUUCGAGCUUUGCUGGAGCAAGCAUGCCCAUCUCACUAUUCUCAGAUCUACUUUCCGUCUUGACGAUUCACGUUUACGCUUUUUACAUCGCCUCAGCCCGCAUAUACAACUGGCAACUCACCAUAAUAGUUUCACUUUUCCAUCUCUUUCGUGGAAAGAAACGAAACGUCCUCCGAAACCGUAUCGACUCAUGCGAUUACGACCUUGACCAGCUGCUCCUGGGUACGAUCUUGUUCACGCUUUUGACGUUCCUGCUCCCUACCGUUGGUGUCUUUUAUGCAACUUUUGCUGGCGCGCGCAUGGGCAUAAUUGCUUUCAAAGCUGCCCUAGACACAUGGUUGGCUUGCUUGAACCAUUUCCCUCUUUUCGCGCUUAUGCUGAGGAUCAAAGAUUCUCAGCGGCUACCAGUCGGUCCCUCUUCCUUUUCAGAAACAUUCUCGCAAUACGCACAGCUCGCAUAUCGCAUUCGCAAACACUACCUCUCGCCUAGUGUGUUUCUAUGCCUUUUCACAGGUCAAUUUGUGCCGCCGAUUCAUCGCAAGAGUCUGUACAGUCUACAAUACAGUAUGCUCCCAGCAAAGCGGAUCCCAAUUUCGGAGUUGUGGAGGAAGUUGAUGGAUGGAAAUGAAGCGCAGAAACCUCAGGCCAACGGUAAUGUCAACUCGUCCUUAGGUCGAAGAGGUCAAAACAAGAAAACACCGGGUCAUUGGUGGAGCAAA